CGGUCGGUUAAAUUUGUGGAGUAUAAAGAAAACCGACCGUUCUCGCACGAUUUCGUUCCAUUAGACAAAUCCAAGCCAGAAACAAAAACCCCAAUCUGUACUCUUAAGCUCCAAAGCAGCGAUGUCAGACGACGCUCCUUAUUUGGAAGCAGCGACAAUGGGAGUCACCGACGUGGAAAUUGAGUCUGCAGAACUGGAGCCAAUACAAACGGAACAAGUACAGCUGCAGCAAGGGGCCGCCAAAUGGCCGGGGUGGCCGGGAGACAACGUGUUUCGCCUAAUAGUGACGGUGGCCAAGGUGGGCAGUAUCAUCGGCCGCAAGGGCGAACUUGUUAAGAAGAUGUGCGAAGAGACCGGCGCCCAUAUUCGCGUCUUCGAAGGACCUCUCGGCAUCUCUGAUCGCGUCGUUAUGAUAUCUGGAAGGGAAGAACCUGAGGCCGAACUAUCCCCAGCAAUGGAUGCUGUGCUAAGAGUAUUCAAAUGCGUUAAUGGUCUAUCUACUAUUGAAGGUGAUGACAUUGAUUCAGCAGAUGGCCGGGCUGCAUUUUGUUCUGCUAGAUUUUUAGUGGCGUCUUCGCAGGCAAUUUCCUUGAUUGGGAAGCAAGGAUCUACAAUCAAAUCAAUACACGAGAGCACUGGUGCCUCUGUACGGGUUUUGCUAGAAGAUGAAUCACCCUCCUAUGCGACUUCAGAUGAGAGAAUUAUAGAGAUACACGGCGAAACUAAGAAGGUUCUUAAAGCACUUCGAGCGGUUCUAUUACAGCUGAGGAAGUUCUUGGUUGAUCACAGUGUCAUUCCUCUAUUUAAAAAAACUUAUAGUGCAACAAUUUCGCAUGAUCAUCCUGCGGACUCGCCUGUUGAUAAAUUUCGACCAUCAGUCCAUUCUGCUCCUACUUCUCAAACUGGCAUUAGUUCUGAUUAUUCCUUAUCUUUGAAGCAUGAUCCUUUUAUGUAUGAUCGUGAAGAACAUCUAGACGCAGAAAUCACACAAUCUGGGUUCUCUCGUUAUGGACAAGAUCCUGCAUUCAGGGGGUUACGUUUGCCUGGAGUUCGACAUACUGGUGCACCUUUGGUAACUCAGGUGACACAAACGAUGCAAGUGCCUCUCUCAUAUGCUGAGGAUAUCAUUGGGAUUGGUGGGUCGAAUAUUGCCUACAUUCGUCAGACCAGUGGAGCAAUCCUCACAGUACAAGAGAGUAGGGGUUUUUCUGAUGAGAUUAUUAUUGAGAUUAAGGGCUCUACUACCCAAGUGCAGACUGCUCAACAGCUCAUUCAGGAGUUUAUAAGUAGCCACAAGGAACCUGCAAACAUGUACAGGGAUAUUGAUGCGGGGUCAAGUUUGUACAACGAGAUGCCAGAAACUGCAUACCGUUCAUCCUCGUUUGCUUCUAAUGUAGGAGGGUACAGAUCCUCAAGUUUUGAGCACAGAUCCCCCAGUAUGAGAGACUAUGGAAAUUAUAGAUUCUGAAUUGCAUUUCUUUAGAACCUGUAUGUUUCAGUAACAACCACAUAUUGAGCAGUGUAUCUCUUGAUAUUCACCUUUUAAGGGAAAGGAAAAGGAUGCUAGUUGCCAGGAAUUUGAGUUUUUUCCU